UGAGGUAUUUCGAGCGACAGAAUCCUUACGGACUGAACCUUACGGACUGAAAGCAAUACUUAAAAAUUAUUAUACCUUAAGUCUCGUUUAUUUAAGAAUAAAUAUGGCACAGUAUAAGGGAGCCGCCAGCGAAGCUGGGAGGGCUAUGCAGCUCAUGAAAAAGCGUGAAAAGGAACGGGAACAACUGGAACAGCUAAAGCAGAAAAUAGCGGAGGACAAUAUGGUGAAGUCCAAUAUUGACAAGAAGUUCUCUGCCCACUAUGAUGCUGUGGAGGCUGAGCUGAAGUCUAGCACUGUAGGCCUGGUGACUCUGAACGACAUGAAGGCCAAGCAGGAAGCGCUGGUUAAGGAGAGGGAGAAGCAACUGGCCAAGAAAGAGCAGUCCAAGGAGCUUCAGCUGAAGCUAGAGAAGCAGAAGGAAAAGAAGAGGAAGGAAGAGCAGAAGCGGAAGAUCGCCAGCUUGUCUUUUAACCCAGAAGACGAAGAAGAUGAGGACGAUGAUGACGACGAAGAGGCUGAAUUUCUCUCCAUGAAGAAAAAGAAGUUGGGAAAAAACCCUGAUGUGGACACCAGCUUCCUGCCUGACAGAGACAGAGAGGAGGAAGAGAAUCGACUCCGGGAAGAGCUCAGGCAGGAAUGGGAGCGUAAGCAGGAGAAAAUCAAGAGCGAGGAGAUUGAGAUCACUUUCAGCUACUGGGAUGGUUCUGGUCAUCGCCGGACUGUGAAGAUGAAGAAGGGCAACACCAUGCAGCAGUUUCUACAAAAAGCUCUGGAGGUGCUUAGGAAGGAUUUUAGCGAGCUGAGAUCGGCCGGUGUGGAGCAGCUGAUGUACAUCAAGGAGGAUCUCAUCAUUCCACAUCAUCACAGCUUCUACGACUUCAUUGUGACGAAAGCCAGGGGCAAAAGCGGGCCACUGUUUAACUUUGAUGUUCAUGAUGACGUACGGCUGGUGAGCGAUGCCACCGUGGAGAAGGAUGAGUCUCAUGCAGGAAAAGUUGUGCUCAGAAGCUGGUAUGAAAAGAACAAACACAUCUUUCCAGCCAGUCGCUGGGAACCAUAUGACCCCGAGAAGAAAUGGGACAAGUACACAAUCCGGUGAAGAAUCUCUGCAUCCCAACCCGGAGGUGUAUUAUCCUUGUUUUCCUUUUGUACUUUUAACUGCUGUCUUAAUGCAUUUUCUUCUAAACAAUUGUAAAUAUGAAAAUGGAAAUUAAACUGAAGGUUUGACAUGCA